UCAUUUUCAGACUCGUUUCGAGCCUGAUCUGGACUCAUUACCAUAUAAGAAAUCCAUCAGAAUUUCUAUUCCAUUGCUUUACCAUUUCUCUUUAUCGGUUAGUCAAUAAAUACCAUCGUUUAAAUAGUAUAUCAUUUUUUUAUUCCUCGGAUUCGGUGAUAAUUAAAAUCAUCUAUCCAUUACUAUCAUUAUUUAAUUCAUUAUAAAAUUCCUAUUACAUUCAUAUUUAGUAUAUAAUUUUUGCCAUUCGCUUUAACAAAUUCAUUAAGAAAUGUUUAUUUCACAAUCAUUUAAAUGGACUUUGAUUCCUAUAAUAUUUUCGACUUUAUUGUCACAUGUUUUGGCUGAUACUCCUCAAACCUUUUAUUGUAAUACAACUAGUCAAUGUCCUGAAGAAUAUCCAUGUUGUUCUCAAUAUGGUCAAUGUGGUACUGGAGCUUAUUGUUUAGGAGGUUGUGAUAUUAGAUAUUCAUUUAAUUUAUCAUCUUGUAUGCCUAUGCCAAGAAUGGACAGUUUUUCUUAUGAUUUUACUGAUAUUAAUAAUGUUGAACUUCAAACUGAUUAUUUAGGUAAUGCAUCUGAAGCUGACUUUGUAUAUUCAGGUUGGGUUGCUGGUCAUAAUAAUGCUUUAUUAUUACAAAUGCCAAAUGAAACUACUGGUACGGUUGUAUCUUCAACUAAAUACUUAUGGUUUGGUAAAGUUGGUGCUACAUUAAAGACAUCUCAUGAUGCUGGGGUUAUUACUGCAUUCAUUCUUUUCUCCGAUAUUCAAGAUGAAAUCGAUUUUGAAUUUCUUGGUUAUAAUUUAACAGCUCCUCAAACCAAUUUCUAUUAUGAAGGUAUUCUUAAUUAUACCAAUGCUAGAAAUUCUUCAACUACUAAUACUUUUGAAUAUUAUCAUACUUAUGAAAUUGAUUGGACAAUUGAUUCUCUUAGUUGGUAUAUUGAUGGUCAAAAAGUUCGUACAUUAAAUAAAAAUGAUACUUAUAAUGAAACCACUAAAGUUUAUAAUUACCCUCAAACUCCUUCAAGAAUUCAAUUUUCUUUAUGGCCUGGUGGUGAUUCUCUUAAUGGUUUAGGUACUAUUGAAUGGGCUGGUGGUGCUAUUAAUUGGGAUUCUCAAGAUAUUCAACAGUAUGGUUAUUAUUAUGCAUACGUUCAAAACAUUACUGUUGAAGCUUAUGAUUUACCACCUAAUGUUCCAUUACAAGGUUCAAAAAAUGCUAGUGAUUUACAAGCCUAUCUUUAUAAUUCAACUGCUGGUGGACAAGGAAGUGUUUAUUUAACCAAUAAACAAACUUGGUUAGGUGCUUCUAAUGCUACUGGAUUUGAUCCUCAAAAUAAUAAACCAGUUAAUCAGAAAAACACUACAUCUACUAUUGUUACAACUAGUGGAUCAAAAGUAAUUACAAAGACUACUAUUCAUACUACUAAUAAUGCUCAAGAAACUGUUAAUGGUCCACCAGCAAUUGAAGCUGGUACUACUAAUGGAGGAGAUAAUCAGGCACAAGCUACUACUACUUAUAAUACUAAUGGUGGAAUUGGAGGAUUUGUACAAAAUUCUCAAGAAACUGCAACUGAUUCAAAAUCAAGUGGUAGUUCUGGUAGUGGAUCAUCAUCUGCUUCUGGUAUUCGUGCUGUUGGUAGUAUUGUAGCUUUAGUUGGUGCUAUGGCUAUCGGAUUUGUUUCAUUUUUCAUGUAAUAAAUAAGUUUAUAUGAUCAUUAUUCAUACUUUCAUCUUUUUAUUUCAAUUUUUAUUUCAAUUUCUAUUUAAUUUAACAGAUUUAUGGUUCCUAGUAAAUAUGUAUAUUACCGAA